GCUCUCAGCAAUUCACUCUCACCUUUCUCACAAGCGUGUGCACAAGUCGUUCGGGUACUCGCGAGAACGGUCCAUGUAGCCUAAAGAAGCAUCGCUUGAUUCAACAAUAAUUACCUUCAAUUCACAGGUCCACAAUGAAGUGUUUUGCGGCGGCCUUCAUUGUGAACUUCUUCGGUUUGGUAGUCACUGAAGGAUAUGAACAUGCCUUGUUCGUUAACUCCGAAGCAGUUAAUUCUAGAACUAUACGGGCUACUUCCGACAAAGCAGCUGAUAUAAUGGCAAGAAAUAUUCUUGAGUGGAUUCAAAAUAUCUACCAAUCGCAGAACGUGAGAAAAACGCGGCAGCAGGAUAACGCUUAUCUACCACCUUAUACUACACAAAGGCCGCCGGAAAAGCCGCGACCUUUCCAACCUGCAUCGUCGCAACAACCACCAUACUCUACUCCUAACAAUGGAUACUCUGCCUCACCAGUUUCCUCUCCAAGGCCCACUUACACACCCAACGUACAGACCGGCUUCUCUUCAACUAAUGGAUAUCCUUACACUCCUCGACCAUCCCCGCCAUUCUCUGGAUCCUCAUCCUCUGCAGCUUCCGGUUCGAGCGGAUUUCCGCCGCAAUCCACAACUUACCUUCCACCUUCCAGUGGUGGAUACCCGUCGGUGGAUCCGAGACCAACGCCUAAUUUCCCAACACCGCAGCCAAAUGGUCGUCCUGGACCUGGUACCGCACCUGGACCAGCACCGGGACCUGGUCCCGCACCCGGACCAGCACCAGGACCUGGUCCCGCACCCGGACCAACACCAGGACCUGCACCAGGUCCGGGACCAGCUCCUGGACCUGAUACCGGCGUUGCGCCAGGUGGAGGUGAAGAAGGAACCGGAACAGUGCCAGCUGAUGAUGAUCUGAAUCACCCACCGCAUAUCCACAACCUCGAAGUCGAGUGCAGCAAAACUAUGAUGACCAUCAAUGUUGAGUUCAACCGAGCUUAUGAUGGAAUAAUAUACUCAAAGGGUUUCUACAUGAUGCCCGAGUGUCGCUACGUGGAGGCAAAUUCCGCUAAUACGAAAUUCUCUUUCACUGUGAGCUUGGAUUCUUGUGGAACACAAUUCAUCAAUGAAUUCGAAGGAGAGGCUGGCCAGGCCUAUUUGGAAAACGUUUUAGUUUUACAGAAUGAACCAGGGAUUCAGGAAGUCUGGGACACGGUUCGGAGAGUACGUUGUUUGUGGGAAGGAAAUAUCAAUAAAGCUCUCACUGUAAGUCUUUCUGUGGAUAUGUUGAAUCAGGAAAUUGUGACCUUCAGUGGAGAUACUGCCUCGGCUAAAUUGGAUAUUCAAAUCGGAAAGGGUCCGUUUGCUCCAGCGGCUGAUGGUCUUGUCAAGAUUGGAGAAACUAUGACUUUAGUUGUAUCCGUCGAAGGAGAUAAUGACUUUGAUCUUCAGGUUCGAGAUUGCAUUGCUCGAGACGAUACAUCCACAAAUGUGGUGCAACUGACUGACGAAAGGGGUUGUAUCUUAAAACCAAAAAUCUUCGGCGCCUUCCAAAAGACGAAAGAAACUGGAAAUACUGGUGCAUCGCUAAUUGCAUAUGCUUUCUUCCAAGCCUUCAAAUUUCCGGAUGUAAUGGAUCUUUUCAUUGAAUGCAACGUGGAACUUUGCAAAACUGAUUGUCUAGCUUGCCCAGAAGAAAAUCAGCAAAUUGACCCAGGCAGGCGACGCCGAUCCGUAAGCUUUAUUCCUCCACUGAAUACAACCGCCAAUCUUGCAUCGAAUGCUGUUAGAGUUGGCCGAGGAUUCAGAGUUGUGAUGCCAGACGAUUUAAGUCCGAUGGCAACUCAAGCUCUGGAUAAUAUAAAUGAAGAAAUUGUAGAAGAAGUUGCUUCUCCCAGUAACGUUUGCCUGAGCAACAGUGGAUUUUAUGCUGCCUUUUCUAUGAUGUUUACUGCUGUCGUAUCAAGCACAUUAAGUGCUGUUAUUUUGUACUCAAAAUUACAAAAAAUCUACAGAUCGAAAGCAUACAAUUUAUCGUCAGUAGUAUCGUAAUUCUCGCGCAGGUAGAGAAUUUUAAAGAGUGAAUUUUUUAUCGAACUUAUAAUAAGCAAAUAAUUCUUUAUUCUAAAGAGAGCAAAGAAAAAUGUCUUGUUUGGAAUAAGGAAUUCAGAGAAAGUGGCAUAGAUUUCCAAAAUAGAAUUCGACUUUUGUGAUUUUAAUCACGAAUAGAGCGUUGAUAUAUUUUUAUAUGAAGUUCAAAAUAAUCGGAAAAGUCAAUUACGAUAGACUUUGCAGAAAGUGCGAGACAUAAAUGCUUCUUUAGAAGACUCACUGCCAUAAUUUUGUAAGAGCCGAUCCAAUAAUUUAAUUGGUAAUUCUUAGAUUUUAUUAAUUAACUUCAUCGCAGAAAGUGUAAAAAUAUUUGAUUUUCAACGUAAUGGUUAAUUAUUUAUGAAGACAUUAGCGUUUUUCAUUAGGAUUAUUUUAGCAAUGUUUACAACAGUAUUCAUACCAUUUUAGUUUUUAGUUUAAGAUUCUGUGUAUCUAAUUUCCGAUACUAUGGUAAGUAAAA